AUGAAGGAGGAAAUGGCAGCGGAAACAAGGGAGAUAACCGAAGCAGUCGCUAAAAACGUUUUAGAAAGUAUCAACGAAAAAUUAACUGCUCUUGUGGAAGAGAAUAAAAGCCUGAAGACGGAAGUCAAGAUCUUACAUGAAAAAAUCAAGCAAAUGGAAGAGCACAUAAGAAAAAACAACAUCAUCUUUGGAGUUAAAGAGGAACAACAUAACGAGUCCUUAGACGAAUCCACCAUUAUAUUACUAGAAAGAAAUCUGAAUAUACACAUCGUCUUAAAUGAAAUAAAUAACGCUUAUAGACUAGGAGAAAAGAAAAAUAAUAAACCACGUCCUAUUUCUUUACAACAAACUGGAAACGAAAUGAAGUACUCAAGAACAAAAAGAAACUGGAUUCGGUAA